GCCUCUCAUAUAAACCUCUCUCCCAACCCUAUUUUUUCCCUCACAACACAAUCUCGGCUUCUCUUUCUCAUCGCAUCAAAAUCUCUCAUCGAAAUCAUCUCUGCUCGCUCUCUCUUCUUUGAUUUUUUCUCUUUCCACACACAGAUUCAAGAUGGGUAGCUCUAAAGGAAAUAACUUUCGCAUCCGAUUCUGUUUUUUGUUUUAUCAGUGUUAGAACAGAACAAGCCCAGAUUCUGAAACUCGAUCUUUGUUUUCUUACACCUGAGCUUCGAUCACUUUUAUUUCCUGAAACCAUUCAUCUUAUAUUAAGUUAAAUUCCUCGAAACAAGCUUUAGUUUUGGGAGAGCGAGCAGUGUUGUGUAUUUAUAAACACUCAUGGCUGCAGCGAACAGUGGGAAAUUCGAUGUGGGAGAUGAAACUCACAAUUGUUCCGAAAAGGGAAGUGAAAGCGUUGAUUGGGAGAUUGAAAAGAGAAACGGCGUGGGUUCAAGCUCUCAGAGGCGUCAAUGGAAGCCAGUUUUUGAUGAUACUUCCAUUUCACAUAAUAGACCUCUGAAGAAAAUCCGGAGCCCCGAUCGGCAUGAAACAAACCAAUCUUCCUCCUCUUCUUCUUCUUCUGUUCCUUUUCAACCUUCUCCUCUCUCUGCCCCUCCCUCAUCCUCUUCCAGAAUCGUGUUCCCUUUCGCCUUCAACGGUUCCCAACACCCAAUGCAAUUCCCGCACCAAUUCGGAGCCGCAAAUUCACCUUUCCCUCACCCCUCUUUCCAAAACCACCAACAGCAGAUGAUAUCAUUCGGGUCCCAACAACAAAACCUUCCCUUUCCACCAAUCAUGGCCCGAGAUUCUUCUCUUCCACACCACCACCACCAUCAUCAACAGCAUCCGCAGCAACUUCUUCAGCAUUGGAGAGACGCUCUGAGUCUAAGUCCCAGAGGAAUGUUUACCCACUUGGGGCCAGAUGGAAGGCCAUUGUUCAGGCCUCCAACGCAGCCCAUAAACACCACCAAGCUCUACAGAGGAGUGAGGCAACGCCAUUGGGGAAAAUGGGUCGCUGAAAUUCGUCUUCCUCGAAACAGAACGCGUCUCUGGCUAGGCACAUUUGACACGGCGGAGGACGCCGCCAUGGCCUACGACCGCGAAGCCUUCAAACUCCGAGGAGAAAAUGCCAGACUCAAUUUCCCCGAACUGUUCCUCAACAAGGACAAAAACGAACAAGUUCAAGAAGAAGCUUCUUCACCUGUUCAAGACCAGCAUGAACAAAAACCUGUUCCUCUAGGCCGUGACAUGCCAAGAGAAGAGUCUAAUGAGAAUGACUCGGGAAUUGGAUCGAGCGACGCCACUGUGAGCGAUGAGGUUCAUGCUGCUGCUCCUUCUGCAGAAGGAGGUGAAGGGGUUUCUCAGGAACUUGUUUGGGGAGAAAUGUCUGCAUGGUUCAAUGCUAUUCCUGCAGCUUGGGGACCCGGUAGCCCUGUGUGGGAUGAUUUGGAUCCCACCAAUAAUCUUCUUUACCAAUCACACGUUCCUUUUUCAAAUUCCAAUCAGCAACAGAUCAAUGAUGCCUCUGAUGAUGCUCAGAGACAAGAACACAACACGGAAUCAGGUUACUUAUGGAAGGAUCAGGAUUGAUUCAAGUUAAUUUUCUUCUCCUAGUUGCUUCUUUCUCACUGGUUGCUGAUAUUUUUACCACAACCUGUGAACCAACCCUGUCUCUAAUAUUCAUUCUUAGAAUAUCUGUGCUGUACUAAGGCUCAUUGUAUUUCAGGGCCUUUCAGCACCCAUUCACCGUGUUCUGUUUUUCAACCUUGUUUCAAGGUUUUUACUUGACUCUUCUGCACUAUAAUUAUUUAGUAUUGAAUGUAGCAAAGGUAGUUGGUAUGAUGAGAGAAGAAGGAGACGGUUUUGUGAUUUCCUUCUCUGUUGUUCCAUCCGUUAUGAGCUAUGUUUUUCUGCUCCAAGGAUGGAUUUUUACUAUUAUUACUUCAUUUCUAGUUUGUAUCCAUCAUGUUUUUUUCUUGGUAUAUUAAAUCUCCAGCAGCAUUUUGCAUUA